GGGGUUUUGUGGAGCGCUGUGCUCCUCUCUUCUUCUCCAGCACGCUUUUGUUUCUGAUCUCUCAGUAGACGGAGGCGCCGCUGCGGAGAGACCGGCGUCAGUCUGCGCGUCUCUCCUGUGUCCCUUCCUCCGCGGAUGUGUCCGCUGCUUGUCACUGCUUUACCGUCAGAAACUGUUCGAGAGCAAUAACAGCUUCUUUUGUGGAGUUCAUUUAAUUUCACGUGACAGAAGUUCCAGCAGGCUCGGAUCGGCUCGGCUCUUUCUCCGCCAGAGGCACCGGAGCAUCCGCACAUCGCUUCGGUUCUCAGCUGAUCUUCAUCCGUUCAGCCGGUGUGGACUCAUACUCUCAGCUCUAACAACGUGAGCAACUCCGGGAUGGUGUGUGUCAGCGCUGCCGGGCUGCAGGUUCUUGUGCUUCUGCUUGUGUUCUCAGCAGAAUGUGGUCUGACUCGAGCCGAGACUCCGGUGACGGUCCGAAGAGUGACCCAUCCUCCCCUGCGACGCCCGUUAUCCGGCUCCGCUCUGCUCCCGUGUGUGUUCACUCUGCCAUCCGCUCUGCUCCCGGGAACCGGCCCCUUCAUCCGCUGGAGCCGCGGCGCAGGAGCGCAGGAGCGGACGGUGCUGUUUGCUCGGGACGGGGUGGUCAGGGUGCACCGGGCGUACGUGGGGCGGGUCAGUCUGCCCGGAUACUCGGCCGACCCGCUCAACGCCUCGCUGGCGCUUUCCCAGCUCCGCUCCAACGACUCCGGGAGCUUCCGGUGCCACAUCGCUCUGGGAGAAAAUUAUGAGCAGGAUACGGUCAACCUUGAGGUCACAGGUGUGGUGUUUCACUACCGUUCUCCCACGGAGCAUUAUUCGCUGUCCUUCGCUGAGGCCGUUCGCGCAUGUGAGGAGAACUCGGCUGAGGUCGCGACCCCUGAGCAGCUGUGGGCGGCCUUUCACUCCGGCAUGAACAGCUGUGCGGCCGGAUGGCUCAGAGACCAGAGCGUCAGGUAUCCCAUUCAAAGACCCGAGCUCGGCUGCUAUGGACACGCAGAGUUUUCUCCUGGAGUGAGGAAUUAUGGGAAAAGGGACCCUUCGGAACUGUUUGAUGUUUACUGUUUUGCCAGAGACAUGCAAGGUGAAGUGUUUCCCGCCGGUGUUCCUGACGGACUGACUCGUCCGGAGGCCGUGGCUCACUGUGCAGCUCUGGGCGGCCGGCUGGCGACCGUGGGUCAGCUCUAUCUGGCCUGGAGCUCUGGGCUGGAUCACUGUGAGCCGGCCUGGCUGUCUGACGGCAGCGUGAGGUUUUCCAUCAGCUCGCUGCGCUCCGACUGUCCCGCUGGAGGACCUGGUGUCCAAACCGUUUCACCAUCAGAACUAAACAACGGGACAACACGCUUCGAUGCUUUCUGCUAUAGAGAAAAGAAAGCGCAGAAGCCUCUCACAGGCAUCAUGAAGUCCUUACUGAGACCGUGGAGGUACAUGACCGGAGAAGACAGUUCAGAAGACGCGUCCGAAUCGUUUCCCUCUAGCAGCGACGCACAGACUGCCGGCCAGCCGGACUUGCCUGACCUUCAACCCGCUAACUGGACCGGCCAGGUGGAUCUGGACAAAGAGCCGCUGAUGGCCGCUGAGGGCGCCGAGCUCUCGGCCGAGUAUCUGACAGUCCGUCUGCGAGCCGGAGACACGUCUCUGGACUGGAGCGGCCAGCUGGACUCCUUCCCAGACAGCCGACAGGUGCUUCCGGAUCUGAGUCCUGGCGGCUCGGCCCGAGAGGAAGAGGACGAGGAUGAAGGUCUGUCCGGUCAAUCCGUGAAUCCUGCGGCUCCUUCAGAGGCUCCUCAAGAAAAGGCCAAGAGUUCCCUCACCAGCAUCGUCAGCUCGUUAUGGAAACCCUGGAGCUACUUGACUGGAAGUGAAGCGGAGGCGACGACCACGAGCUCGAGCACGGCUGCGAUGGAGACGACCGCAACAUACAGCAGAACCACUGCGACGCCCGGAUCAGGACUGAUGUCGGGGUGGAGCCACUCGUGGCUGCCCAGUCCUUCAACCGUCACUGAUAAAUUAAUCACCUCCUUUCCGCCCACGAGUUCAGUCACACCGACGACAGUCACACCAAACACCACCAGAGACGGACCUAGCGACAACCAGACCAGUCGACCUGCACAGGACGGUCCGGUGACGGCGGUCGAUUGGGUCGUAGUGACCGAUACACCCGAGCAGAAAACCCAAACCCCUGAACCCAAAGUCUCCUUCUCGACCGAGAACUUCUCCGGAGAGAGUCGAGUGCUGGAGACGGAGGGCAGCUCGUGGGGCGACACGUACCCAUCAUCCCCAACACCGCUGACGGUGGAGACGACAAGCACAGGUUCCUUCUCCACCUCCGCACACGGACUCGAGGCUCGUGGAGAAAUCCAAUACAGACGCAGAAACAAACCCAAGAGACUCAACCAGAGCACCACAGAGACGACCACGAGUGGCACCCAGAGCAUAACGACUUCCUCCACUGUGAUGUCCAGCACUGGAGACACUGUGACGACCCUCUCGACGUCUGCAGACCAGACUCAGACAUCAAGCUUCGUCACGACGGUCCCCAGCGGCGUAGAGCAGGAUCUGACCAGCACCGAGGCCAUCGGGAAGAACAGCUCCACUGGAGAAGAUGCAGACGACAGAUGCAGCUGUCUGCACGGAGGGACGUGUCUUCCUCACGGAGAGGGUUUCCGCUGCUUCUGUCCACAGGGUUACGCAGGAGAGAGCUGUGAAAUCGAUGUGGAUGAGUGUCAGUCGAACCCCUGUGAGAAUGGCGGCACCUGUAUCGAUAAAGAGGACUCGUUUGUGUGCCUCUGUUUGCCGAGUUACAGCGGAGACCGAUGUGAGAGAGACACAGAGGGCUGUGAACACGGCUGGAAGAAGUUUCACGGUCACUGCUAUCGUCUGUUUCCACGCAGACACACCUGGGAGGACGCAGAGAAGGACUGCAGGGAGCACAGCAGUCACCUGACCAGCAUCACUUCCUCCAUGGAGCAGGACUUCCUUAACGGUCUGGGUCAUGAGAACGUCUGGAUCGGGUUGAAUGAUCGUACAGUGGAGGAGGAUUUCCAGUGGACUGAUGCAAUGGAUGUUGUGUACGAGAACUGGCGUGAGAAUCAGCCGGAUAACUUCUUCGCGGGCGGAGAGGAUUGUGUGGUGAUGAUCAGUAGAGAGGACGGCAAAUGGAACGACGUGCCCUGCAACUACAAUCUACCCUACGUCUGCAAGAAAGGAACCGUGAUGUGUGGCACUCCGCCGGCCGUCGAUAACGCCUCUCUAGUGGGCCGCAGACGUUCACACUACGACAUCCACGCGGUGGUUCGGUACCAGUGCGCCGACGGCUUCUUCCAGAGACACAUCCCGACUGUCCGCUGCCGACCCGACGGGACCUGGGAAAGACCCAAGAUCAUCUGCACUAAAUCACGGCGAUCUCACCGUUACCGUCGGCAACACCACAGAUCUCGGCGCGAGCAUCGACGACACCGGAGACACGGAUCGGGGCACAGGGGGCGGGAUUAAGCCACGGGGGCGGGGCUAAAAGCAGGGGUCAUGACAUCUGUUCCUGUGUUUCCAUGACAGAGGAAACACAGCAGACGGAAAGGACCGAAAUAAUCGUUCUUUUUUUACCGCUGUUUAUUUAGCUUUCACUAACCCUCCGUUCACACCUUCAUUAGAAUUUUUUUUUUUUAUCAGUUAUUUCACGCAGAUGGAUGGUGACUCUUCAUCUUCAUAGAAAAGUCGUAUUAAUUUGUUCUCGCAGCAGGUGCAGGCUCUAGUAGCUCAUGCUCAUAUUUGUUCGGCUUUAGAUAUUUUGGAUGUAAUGCUUUAAUGAAAUACUGAAUGUCCAAACUGCCCAAAACGAUUCAUAUUCAUGAAAUAAGGCACUCUUCAAGCCUUUGAAUGGCACAAUAAUGAAUUCUUUUUACCCAUGAGGCUUUACUUUGUCUUCGUUUUGAGUGUUUGCUGAUGAUUUGGUUUAAAUUGCAACUCUUUAACUUGAAAUGAAAUGUUGGACUAGAAUCGUUCAUAAAUGAGUGAAUUUCAUGAAAGAAAAGCAACUUUCAGCUCACAUUUCAGACCAAAAUGAAAAGAAAAAAACAUACGAAAUUAUAUUUUUCAUAAAGGAAAUUAAGCCUGUUUUUAAAAUCAUUGAUUUUUAAUUUUGUGUUUUUUGCAUUAUGAUAAUUAAAUCACGUUUACUUUUAAAUUAAAUAUCCAAACAUUAAUAAAAUCCUGUUCUCAUCAUUGUGAUGGAGGAUUAAAAAUCGUCCUGCCCAGAAAAAAAGUUGAUGAUAAAUUUAGCAUUAAUAAAUGGUUCCAUGAAAUAUACUUAAUACUUUUAAAUUGACUUUGCAAUUUGAAUAUAUUAUUAUUAAUAUUAUAUGGCUAAUUGUAACAUUUAAUUGUCGUAAAAAUAAUGUCAAAAUUAAAAUAAAGUUCUUUUUACCAGUGUUAUUUUUAUUAAUAUUUUCAAUUAGUUUAUAUUUUUGCAUUUUCCGUUUUCAUUAAAAUACCUAGUUAAAUUACUUUCAUCUAAAGUGCUUAGUUUUAGUAAUGUUGUGGUGUUUUUAUUAAGUUUUAUUUUAAUUUGAGCUAUUUUGGUACAUCAAGUUUAACUAAAUUAAAAUGAAAAACGUUGCCUUGGCAGCUGUAAAAAAAAUAAAUAAAUAAA